AUGGCGGAAGACGGCGGACGACGGCGAGAACGGAGACGGACAGACGGUGCGAAAUUCGCUUUAAGAAGCCAUAGCCACCGCCACGGAGACCGCAAAAUCGAAGAAGCAGGAGAUCCAAGCAAGGGUGUAGACUCAAUCAGCUCUCUACCUGAUGUGAUCCUCCAAAGUAUACUCUCGUCUCUUCCGACCAGCAUGGCCAUCAGAACUUCCAUCUUGUCCAAACGAUGGAGGCAUGUUUGGUCCGAUACACCUUCCCUAUCCUUCGAUUUCACACUUCAUAGGCCGGAAGCUGAUUCGAUAAACAAAACCCUAGAUCGCUACACGGCUCGCAAGAUGAUGAGUUUCCGGCUCUGUGCCAACACGAGCUGCUAUACUCCUCACAUUGACAGAUGGAUCGAGUUCGCCAUGUCCCGAAACAUGGAGAAUAUGUCGCUGCAAUUCCGUAAUCAUGGUGGCGAUAAGUAUCAUGUUCCCGAUUUCUUCUACAUCAAUAACUCUGUGAAGCAACUCAGUGUUCAUUUAAUGUUUUAUGGUUUGAGAAUUCCCAGUUGUUCCGUGUUUUGGACAUCUCUGAAGAAGCUGUCCUUGCAUGUCUCUGACGAGGGCAUUGAUAAGAUUCUAUCUGGCUGUCCGAUUCUCGAGAGCUUAAAGCUGUAUUUCUGCAAUGAACUUAGGGUUCUUGAUGUCAGGAAAUCGCAGCGUCUUAGAACAUUAGAAAUAUCCUGCAGCCAUUGGGUUCCGGGUCCGACGCAGAUUGUUGCGCCGCAAAUCCAUUGCCUCAGAUUGAAAAACUAUCUGUUACCAUGUACUUUUGUUGAUGUCUCGUCGUUAACCGAAGCUAGUCUAGAUUUAUGCUUUUUCUCAACUGAAAAACUGACAGCUGAUUUUCUGCAAGACAUGUUUCUAAAGAUGCUAGUUAAGUUGCAGAAUGUAGAUAAGCUGACUUUCGGGGCGAGCUUUCUUAAGGUUUUAUCUAUUGCCGAGCUCCGUGGUGUUCCUUUUCCGAGCUUCAAGGUCAAAGAUUUGACGUUUGAUGCAUUAGUCUCUCAAUAUGUAACUCCAGGCUUAGUAAGGUUGUUACAAAACUCACCUGAACUGAAGAAGUUAACAGUACGCACAAUGGAUUCCAGCACCAUACAAGAGGCAUAUAUCCACGACUACUUGAAUUCGCAAGGCUUAAAUCUGGAUCAAAGCUGGAGCUCGGAAGCGAGGGUCAUCGAGAACGUUUGGAAUGUAGAGUCGAAGCACGUGGCUUUGUUCAUGGAGCUCAUGCUUAAAAGCACAAAGACAUUAGAGAAGAUGGUCGUAAUGUUGAAAGGUUAUAUUGCAAGAAGAAAAUUUGAAGAGUUACUUGAGAUGGUUCCAAUGCUCUCUCACAACAACAACAAUGUCUCCAUUUGCUUAGCAACUGAACCAAAUAUAAUAUGA